AUGAGGUUCUUAUGUCUUCAUGGUGCCAUUGGUAACAUCGACGUAGAUCCGUUGGUGAAGCAGAUGGCCAUGGACGGUUUCGCUUCAUUCCACUACAUCAACGGUCCUGUUCCUGUGUCUCCACCGGCAGGGUUCGCGGAGUAUUUUGGUCUCGGGCCUCAUUACCGGUGGCUGGAAGAUGGAGGAGUAGCAGAGGACUCGAUGAUCUCUCGUGUGCGAAAAUCUCCGCAUGGUUCGUCUCCGGAAGAUGUGAUGAGAGCUUUGGGGAAGGACUGGAAUGGUCAUUGGAACAGUCACCAUCAAGUCAUGGAAUAUCUUUAUGAUACAUUGGAAAAAAAUCCUGAUGUCGAAGGCAUCGUCGGAUAUAGCGAGGGAGCCACGAUGGCUGCAAGUCUAAUUCUGAAUGAGGAUAGAAAGGCUCAGGAAACCGGCCGUCCUCGACGCAUCAAGUGCGCGAUAUUCUUCACCGGCUGGCCUCCUCUCUCCCCCGAGCAGGACGUGGUCCUAGCAGAUGAGAGCGAAUAUACUCUAGACAUUCCGACACUUCAUGUGGUUGGUGCGGAUGACCCCUACCGAUACGGCGCACUAGCCUUGUUCAACAUUUGCGACCCUGAUACCGCACCAAUGUUCGACACUGGACGGUGUCACACCAUUCCUCGAUCCGGUCCGGUGAUCACAGAAUUGGGAAAUGUCAUUCGAGACUUGAUCGAUAGAGCGUAUAAAACGUGA